AUGAAUAAGGACUUAUAUGAAAAAGUUGUGGAUGGUUGUGCAUUGCUCCAAGAUAUCAACAUAUGGAGUGAUGGAGAUUUAACCAUGGUGGAGGAGAGGGGAAUAAAUUUAAGUGGAGGACAAAAACAACGAAUUCAGUUGGUAAGGGCUGUUUAUAAUGACUCAGAUAUUUAUUUUCUCGGUGAUCCUUUUAGUGCUGUUGAUGCUCAUAGGGGAAGCCAUUUGUUUAAGAGGAAUCAAGACUCAUUUGAUAUUCCACCAUCUGAGAAUGAUGUUCGAAUUCAUAUGGCAUUGAUUCACGAGGCUACAGAAAGGGACACUGAUUUAACAAAAUCAAAGGUUCAUAAUUCUGUUUUUGUUUUGUACUUGGAUUAUCUGCUUAAUUUCAUAGGAAAGACAUGUUCAAAUGAAGACUUCCAUGAUGAGGAGGAGGUGGUGGUGGAUGAGGAGAAGGAGGUGGAGGAGGAAGUGGAGGAGGAGGAGAAGGAGGAGGAGGAGGAGGAGGUGGAGGGGUUGGAGGCGAAUGACAAAUCUGACGGUGAAGGCGAACUCAAUGUAGAUGAAGAGCAAAAUAUUGGAUACGAUACUGUUUGUGCAAUUUGUGAUAAUGGUGGUGAAAUACUUCCUUGUGAAGGAAGGUGUCUGAGAUCCUUCCAUGCAACCAUAGAGGCUGGCAGAGAUUCAUUUUGUGAUUCUCUUGGCUACACAAUUACUCAAGUUAAUGUAUUUCCUUGUGUUACUGCAAAUUGUGGUCACUAUUACCAUCCUAAAUGUGUUGCAAGACUACUCUACCCUGGCACUGACCCCAAACAAGAGGCAAUGAGGAAGAACAUUGCAACCGAAAAAACAUUUGUCUGUCCUCUUCAUAUAUGUUCGUUAUGCAGAAAAGGUGAAAAUAGAAACGUUCAUGAUUUGCAAUUUGCGAUGUGUAGACGCUGCCCCAAGGCUUACCACCGGAAAUGCUUGCCCAAGGAAAUUAUUAUAUGGGCAUUGAGCAGAGGGCUUGGGAUGAUCUUCUUGACAAAAGAAUUUUGAUGUAUUGCUUGGAUCAUAAGAUAGUUUUGGAACUCGGAACUCCCGCAAGAAACCAUCUGAUAUUUCCUGAUAAGGAGGUCAAAAGGAAUUUAGUCAGCUUCAAACCAUUGAAGAGAGGUUUUGAAGAUCUUCCUCCUAACAAGACAUUAGUGCCAAAACUAAUUUUAAAGGAAAGAGCUGGCCUUCAAAGUGGCAGUUGUUCGAAAAUUAUGGAGAAAGUAUGCUCUAAGGCAGAUACACAUUUGUCAACUGGACCAGAUAAUUUUGACAGGGCUAGAAAAUAUUCGAAAGUUGAAACGACGUCUACAUCAAAUAGAUCAUUACCAAAUUAUGAAAACAGAGUGCCUUUUAAAAAUAAUAACUUGUCCUGUAUUCCAAGGCAGCCUGAAGCUAGAUCCCAACAGCAAAAAUCUGUUGGUAGAAUUGAAGAAACAAGCUUAAUGAAGCCUCUGGUGAAAAAAGUCAAAACUUCACUCGAGCAUAGAAAAGCAGAAAUGGAAAACCGGUAUUUUAUGUGCAUUAUGAUAUGGUUGUUCUUUUUAUUGGGUUAAUUGAAGAAAAAGAUUGAUUUGCGAAUUCACCUGUUUAUAUUUGGACAUUAUGCUGUACAAAAUUUUAUCUUUAAUGGAAGAAGUCACGUCUAAUUUGAA